AUGGAACAGCCAACCCCAAUCACCAAAGGCAAGAAGGAGAUAAAGACCCUCUGUCAAUACAACAACAAAGAGAGUGAUAUGAAGAUACUCAUAAUGGUAAAAUUAGCCCUUCAACAGAAUGCAAAUAAGAUGAAGAAAAUAAAAAUGCCAACAAUAAUAGUCUGUUACUACAGGAUGCAUAAGAAAAGAAAUCAAAAUCAGCUGAAGAACAAAGAAGAGAACCCAGAGAACUCCAUCGAUCAAUCCAAGAGACCAGAGACCUAG